AUGAAUCUAAAGCAGACUAGAGCUGAUUGCAAACAAUAUCAAGAAUCUGAUUUUUAUUUGCGUAAAUCUAAAUGCACUUGUAUAAAAAGUUCUACAAAUUUAAAACUCGAUACUUCAUCAUCACAGAUACAUCUAAAUAAUGAUUUCUCUCCAAAUGAUUUUUCUCCAAAUGAAUAUGAUGACUUCUCUCCAAACAACUUUUCUCCAAAUGACGACUUCUCUUCAAACAACUUCUAUUCAAAUGAUUUUUCUCCAAAUGAUUACCAAUUCUCCAUAAAUGAUAAAUCAUAUAAUGACAGUUCUAGCGAUAAUCAAGAUACUGAUGAAAAGUCUAUUAGAAGACUUCUUUCUUCAGAACUGAACCGAAGAAAGCAAGCUUUACCAACUUCGGCUGUAAUGAGUAGUGAGGUGUGGAUAGUGGAGAGCAGUGGGAAGCAGUGGAGGGUAGUAGGUGGUGGGGACGGUGGAGGACAAUGGGUG